GACAUUUCAGUUGCUUUUCGGCUGUCAGUGAGUGCGUUUGCCCUUUGGUUCGGUUGGCUUGAUUUGGUUUGGUAAAUUGUCGACGUCGCUGGUUAGCUCUUCUUACCUUCGUUCGUUUACUCGCUCGCUCUCGUUGGAUUUUUGUGAGCGUCGUCGUUGCCGCAGCAGCAGUGAUUGUGUAUUUUGUUGUUGUAAGUGGGUUUCACACAGCAUUCGUGUGCCCUCGAAAUUUUUGAAAGCUACCUAGUGGAAACAGCAGCAGAAGAAAUCAACGUUGUCGUUGACGACGUAACCACCAUCAUCAUUGUGUUUAUUUGUGGAUUGAGCUGCAGCAUCGAAUACCUCACCGCACAGCAGCAAACAGCGUGUGCAUACAUAAAUUCAUACAAAUAAAUAUAUUUACAUAUGCAGCAUAUAACAUAGCCGCCGUAAAGCGUAGCGACAGUAUCAAAUUAAUUCCAAUUCACUGUUGUGGGCAAUACGAGUUGCCGUACAAAGUGCAGUAAUUCGUAAGGCUGCCUUUUCCAUUUUUUGUAUGGUUUCACAAUUUCUGUCGUCGUCGACGCCGCCAAACUGACUUUCGAAGCCUAUCAAGUCGCUUGCGUCUCUGUUUCAUACAUACGUGUACGCCUCGCCACGCGCAGCCAUACCACAAGGUGUGGGGAAAUCGAUCGAUUACGUAGCUUCGCGUAUGUACAACGUGUGUGUGGUUCAAGUGAUUGGAAGCAAAAUAGAAAAAUUAAAGAAAAUUUAAAUUUUUGAUCUCUUUCUAAAGAAGCAACUUAACGUGAAAACUGCAAUAAAACUUAAAAUAAUUGAAAACUAAAUAUAAUUAAAAACAAAGAACUUGUAGCGUUAGUGAAGAAGUAAAAAAAAAAAACAAAAAAAUUGCGCUAUAAGUUCCAGUUCAGACACAUAGAAACAGUUUUAAUACGGCAUGGAUAAAUCUACAGAUUCCGCAACAACCACUCCGCCGUCAUCGUCGACGUCGUCAGCUUCCGCAAGUGCAGUCGUCGGGGGAGCAACGUCGACGUCGCAGCCGACAUCAUUAACUAGCGAUGGGGUUGGAAAUCAAUGCGAUGGCGUUAGUUCGGCAAUGACCAGUUUUUUGAUGCCAUCAUCUUCCGCUAAAGCGUCCUAUAGACCACCAGUAAGUAAUAGUAGUACAACGAAUAUAGGGUGUGGUCCAUCGCCGUCAUCAAUGCCAUCAACAGCCAGGAAAUUAUCUACACAGGAGGCAGAGAACACAGUUGGAGCAAGGAAUGAUGUUACUUCCGCUACAACUGCCACUAAUAAUGCCUCCAUCGCUGCAACCUACUCUGCCAUGGACUCUUCUCCGUCGGCAUCGGCAUCCGUAUCUACUACGCCCACCACCCCCUCAAAUAGCAAUGGCACAUCAUCAACCUCUGCAAUAGCUGCCGCUAUGGCAAGGCAUGGCGCAUUCAUACUACCCUCCACGCGCACAAUGCCAGUGAGCGGCCCACUUGCCGCCACCACAUUGCAACACACAUCGUCACCACAUGCUUUACAACUACCCCACAUUAACUUGAAUAUAAAUACGACGACUGGUGGUAAUUUUGGUGUGACAGUAGACCCUCAAAUCUCGGUGGAGAAUUUAAAGAAGAUAAUUGCCAAGAAGCUUAAAGUCGCCAAGGAUCGCAUUUGUUUGCUGCAUCGUGAAAAAGAACUACAAGAUGGCACACUAAAAGAUAAUAAUCUCAUGGAUGGUUCCAGAAUAAUAUUGAUCCCUAAUGUGGAGACUGGUUUAUUGGCUCAGCGUCCGGAAAAUACCGUGAUGCAGGCUCUGGAAUCACUCAAUGAUUCUCAAGUGAAUGACUUUCUGAGUGGCAAAACUCCUUUGAAUCUAAGCAUGCGACUCGGUGACCAUAUGAUGCUAAUCCAAUUGCAACUAAGCACAGUGAAUCCAGCAAAUGGUGGCAGUUCGGCAAGCGGUGGUAGUGCCGGUAACAGCUGCUCUGGUAGCAGCUCCUCAACAUUGCGUGCACGUUCCAGUCAACGUAACAAUCGCUCGGCCGUAACUACGGGCCACAGUCAUAACCAUAAUCACCACCAUCACCAUCAUCACCACCACCAUCAUCAGCCGGCAACAGCUGCUGGUCACUCCUCAACAACAGCAACCAAUGCCGCUGCAGUAGUGAAUGGCUGUACAGGACAACAGCGCAGCAACAGCGGAAACGUUACCGCCAGCGCACGCAUACCAGUGGGCCCAACAUCGCAAUCGCUGAUGAGCAACACAGUCAACGCUACCACUAUGACCUCGCAUGCAGCUUCAAAAACGGCAACUAGCAGCAACGGCGCUUUUAAGAGUUCAGACCUGAGCGCAUUCUUGAGCAAGCGCGACUAUGAAAAUCUGCAGAAUAUUGUUAAGAGUAUUGCCAUGUCGCAGCCAGCGCGGUUGACUUCACCUCCUACAGGUCACACGAUGGUUCAGCAGUUGCGCCAAUGCGCUCCUAACAUUGUGAGCAACAACAUUGUCACGUCCACCACAGCCAACACGGCUGCCUCAGCUGGCCCGGCAGGCUUCCACAACUCGCGUGCUUCUAAAGCGGCGCCAGAAGGCGCUAAUGCUGGUACUGCACUACUGGAACAGUCGCCCAUCAAAUCGCUUUCGAACCUCGUCUCCAGUCCCAUCAAAACGGCUGCCAUAAAGAGCAUUCCUAUCUCUAAAAGUGGUUGCGGUGGUGAAAAUUCUCACAGCAGCACCACCACCAACAGCGUUGCUGUCGAAGCUAUAUGCCAGGACCCUAUUGCCGCUAAGCUCACCUCGUGUCUGUGUACACGCCUCAACGGCGGUGCAUCGGCCGACAAGGACACUUGCAUGGAUACCAGCUCGUCCUGUAGCGCAGAUGUUGGUAGUGUUACACCUACACAUACAGAGGCAAUGAUUGCAGAACAUGGUGGAGUCGUUGAGCCACAUCUAGUGACCAGUACAUUACAAAAGCUUAUUUCCGGUAGUGGCGGUAGCAGCACGCCUGUGGCAAACUCGUUGCACAAAACUGCUAACAAUCCAAUCACACGCCCCAAGCAUCGCAGUCAUCACCAUCACCACCACCAUCACCAUCAUCACCACUACCAUCAGCAGCAGCUGCAAACUAAAACGCUUUCGCCUAUAUUGCGACCAAAGGCCUGCACUAGCGCCUUACCACGUCCUAUACCAUUAACCACACAAGGCUUGGAUGACAGCGGAGUUGGCGCUGAUGCCGACACCAGCAUGACCAAUGCAUCCACUGGCAGCAUCAACACUAAUACAUCAUUGCCACCCGCUGCAACCGCAGCACCAGCUACACCAGCAACACCGACGACCAACAGCGAAUUGGAUGAUUCCGGUGUUACUGUCUCAGAUUCACGAAACCUAGCCGAGGCAUCGCGCAAUUUGACGCAGACGUUACGCAAACUCUCGAAAGAAGUGUUUACCAAUAAAAUUGAUUUAUCUGGCGGCGAGGAAACACCACGCAAAAGCAAUUCGGGCGCUGUUAUCGAAUCAAUGAAGAAUCACGGCAAAGGCAUCUACUCGGGUACCUUCUCAGGCACGCUCAACCCAGCGCUGCAAGAUCGUUAUGGGCGCCCCAAGCGCGACAUCUCCACCGUUAUACACAUACUGAAUGACUUGUUGAGCGCCACGCCGCAAUAUAGUCGCGGCGCGCGCAUUAGCUUCGAGGCGCCUUCCUCUUCUUCAGCGGCAGGUGGUAGUUCCAGCACCAACGGCACGGUAGUGCAUGGUAUACGUAGCAAGCAGCUCUCCAUGAAGCACGGCCAUCACCAGCAUUCGCAGUCUUGUGUAAAAUACCUGAAAUCACAACAGCAGCACGGCAGCAGCAACGCUUGCGUUUAUGGCGAAUGCAACGGCCACUAUGCCAGCAGCACGAAAACCUCAUCCACUCGUAAAGAUGCUGCAGGCGCCACCACCAACACCUCCAGCGCCACUUCUCCGGCCGAUGAACGCACUAUAUGCAGCUGUCGGUAUCGCAGCAAUAGUGAGACCGGCGAACGCGAACGUGAACAAAUGUGCCAAAAAUGUGUAACCGACAUGGAGAAUUCGAAAAUGAAAUCGAAGAUCGACCAGCUGCGGCAAGUGAUGCUACAGAGCAAGCAACGUCGUGAGGCGCGCAAAUUGAAGGGCGCACCAUAUGGCGCGCGGGCGGCCACCGUCAGUUCUCCCACCAAAGCGGCAACAGCGGCAGCGGCAACCACCGCUAUCGCUGUAUGUGCAAACAGCAUCUCGAAUAGCAAUGGAGCGGCGACUGCAAUGCCUACAAAUAAACCUUCCACAUUGAGUACAACAAGCACACAGCAGUUGGCAGCGGCCAACAACAGUAAUAACACAACCACGCCCAGCGAAGUGUCGCCCAAUCAUAUUGUGGAGGAAGUGGAUACAGCAGCUUAAAUAAGUGGAGGGUGCAUAUCACGGCUAUGGACUAAAGGAGCAGCAGGCAGUGAUCUGCGUGCUACGUCAGCAUGCGGCGCAGAAAUGGAAAAUCAUACCACACACAAUCACGAACACA